GCUCGUCUUUGCUUAAGCCACUUUUACUUCAAUAUUCAAAAUGCUGCGCCGCCAAACUCGCGAGCGUCGCGAUUAUCUCUAUCGGAGAGCUUUGCUACUCCGUGAUGCCUCCAUUGCCGAAAAAAGAUCGCAACUCAAGGCUUCAUUAGCUUCUGGAAAGCCUCUAGAUCCUACAAUCGCAAAUGAUAAAAAGCUUCGGGAAGACUUCAAAUAUGACGAGUCAAAGGACAAGGAAGAUGCUGAGAUGGACAUCGACGAUGAAUACGUUUUAACCUCCGGCAUUAUCGACCCCCGUCCUCUGGUCACCACCUCUCGCUCACCCUCCGCUCGCCUCGGAGCAUUUGCGAAAGAAAUCCGCCUUCUCCUUCCCACCUCCAUUCGUCUCAACCGUGGAACUCUCGUUCUUGGAGACCUCGUCUCUAGCGCAACAUCCGCCGCUCUGACCGACAUGGUCCUUCUCCACGAGCACCGUGGUACCCCGACCGCACUCACUAUUUCCCACCUUCCCCAUGGCCCCACCGCCAGUUUCUCUCUUCACAAUGUCGUCCUUCGCCAGGAUAUUCCGAAUGCCGCCCGUGGUACCGUAUCGGAAAGCUACCCGCACUUAGUUUUUGAGGGAUUCAAGACGAAGCUGGGUGCCCGCGUUGUUCAGAUUCUAAAGCACCUUUUCCCCCCGCGCGAGCCUGGAAAGAUCGGCAACCGUAUUGUAAGUUUUGUGAACAAGGACGACAACAUCGAAGUGCGGCACCAUGUUUUCGUCAAGACUGGGUACCGGGAUGUGGAGUUGGCUGAAGUUGGACCCCGCAUGACGAUGCGACUUUUCGAGAUCCGUGGAGGUACAUUGGAGAAGGGCUCGAGCGGCGACAUCGAAUGGGCUCUUACCCAAUACACGAGAACCAGCAAAAAGAAGGAAUACCUAUGA